AAUAGAUGAAGAGAUGUAGUCAGUAGGGAUGGGCGAUACUGUGCAUUUUUGUGGCAGAACCGAUACUGUUUACUUGACAUUUAAUUUGACAAUUGAGAUUAUAUUUAAUUUGUUGACAAAAAAAAUGCUAUCUUAUCAGCAAACGUAUGUGUGAGCAAUUUAACAAUAUUUAAAUACACCGAUAUAAGACAAUGUAACAAUAUUUAAAAAAUAAUACAAUGAUUUCCUUUUAUUACAUACUACUUUUUCAGCAAAAUAAAGUCAACAGUGCAAAAUAAACAUAAAAAAUAGGUAUGGUAUUGAUUCUGUCGAUAUUUACAUCGAUCCUCCCAGCCCUCCUAUUCGGUAAUGAGUGGCAGAUGGAAAGUCCCCGGAUUGAAGGGUAAACACGAGGAGCGUGUGACGUCACAUCAGGCUGAUGUUCACCUGCAUCCAGCAGCUGGUCGACGGCGGGAAGGGAAGACAAGACGCCCGCGACGAGAGCUGCUUUUCCGGGCAGCGAUGUGUCCGCACACCUCAUGACUUCAUCCAACGUUGGAUGGAAACAAUUAAAGGAAGCUACUCUUUGCCGUCACCUCCGAGCACUGACCAAACCUUGGAAGACAUAACAGAUCGCACCCAUUUUGGCCAAGGAGGAUUAUAUCACAAGCUUUGUUAGAGGUUGACCUGCAGAGACCUCAUUCUUUAUUUCACCCAAGAUUUGCAGCACAUACUGCAAAGACUUCUUGUUUUUUACACUGAGAAAAAAAGCCACCGAGGCCACGUACGGGAAAAAAGUCACUGGAGGGACGACAUUUCCAUGAAAGAAAAGUUCGCCAAGGUGACGGAGGUGAUGGGGAACAAGAACACCAGUCCUGAUCCUGGGUCUGGACAGAAAGAGGAUGAUGACAUCAGCAUUGUCACAGGAAGUGUCUCCACAUAUGGAGCGUCGAGCCUCAGCCCAGAGCUGCUGGCCUCUCUGCAGUCCCUCGGAGAAAACACUGACUACACGCUACUGCCACACUCGCUGCACCAGAUUGCUGAAGCCUGUUCACUCCAAGAAGACUACCAGCUGGCCAUCCAGCUUCUCCAGUUAGAGAAGCUCUACCAUGAACGUGUGCUCUACAAUCUCACUGUCCUGCAGGAGAACUGGGAGAGCCAGUGGAAAAAAAAGAGCGCUGACAACUGUUUGCCUGCUGAAACCGACAACGUCAGUCAGAAACACAUCAGGACUCUGAGGCACCUUUGCAGGACACACCUCAAACCAUCCAUCAGUGAGGCUAAGCCGCUCGAUAUAACCCUGACAGACAUACACAGCGAGGCAUCCCAUCAGGGAACAGAAUGCGAGUCUGAAAUAACAUACGGAGACGAUGAAGAGGGAAGAAUGAAGUCCAAGGAAGAAGACAUAAAUGAGGAAGAAACCUAUGAGGAAGCAAAGGAAGCAGAGGACGACGAGGAGGAGGUGAAGGUGGAGUGGCCAGCAGGAGUGCCCCAGGCGUCAGACAAGGACCUAGACAAGCUUUCCUACACAGAUGGGAGUCUGUCCCCGGAUGGUCUGGUUUCUAUUCUGAAGAGGAGGAGAGCAUCCCUGGAUGGACUGCCACCCCCCAGCGACGUCGGCGCCAAGCUGAGCUCCAAACGCAAAGUUCGCUUCAGUGAGCCGGAGGAUGGAAUUGAACAAGACGAGGUCAGCGGCGACUCCUGCCUGAUCCUGCUUCUUCUCUGUCUGGUUACCGUGGUGAUCAGCAUCGGUGGGACCGCUCUCUACUGCUCCCUGGUGGACAGGUACUUCAACAUUUGCACUGACUUCACGCUCAACGUCGACUUCUUUGUGACGAACGUGCGGCGGUUCUUCGAAGGCCUCGGACACUGGCUGCCCCACAGGACGUAAGAGCCUCUCUUCGGACGUCUUUUAAGCAGUUUUCACGCACAUUUCUGAGCUUACUGUGACUUUGAAAAUGUGCUAGUGUCAGUAGGGGCUCAGACAAACACCAAGACUGUAGUGGAUCGUUCAUUUUAGACAAAGCCUUUCUAGAAAGGUGCUUACAACGUUCACCUGUGUCUGUAUUUUAACACUAAUUCUUGUUUCCCUCUCAUUAGUAGCAAUUUAUGGCUGUAUCGUCUCACAUUCGAGUUUCCUUUUUUAAUAUAAUUUAACCUAAAGUUUUCAUUUGUAUUCAUUCGACUGCAUGCGUGUUUUUCAGACCAAUACAUGUUUUAUUUGGAAUUGUACUGUUAUCUGUGUUACACACAUUCUUAGAAAGGCUUUCCUGUUUAUAAAGAAAACACUGACACAAUUGAGCAUUUGAUUAAUGCAAGUGCAUACUUUUAAACUGCAAUAACGGUCUUUGCUAACGCAACUGCUGGACUAAUUGACCAAUUUAAUAAGAUUUUGCAAUAUUCAUAAGUUCACAGCCACUAUAUUCUUAUUUAAUUAUUCAUAAAAGUCACAUUAAUCAGAUUGGAGCCUGUUUACACCAUGAUGCUGAAGGUCUAGUGGGCAGAACUUAACUGCAAAUUCAGUUUUUAAGAAGACUUUCUUGACACCACACUGAAUAGCACUGAAAUUGAGGUGCUUUAAAUGUUUAUAUGCACAUGUUUGUUUGUCUAUAAUUUGGGUUGAAAUGUGAUUCUUUUAUCUGUCUGGGUCUUGUCAGCAUGUUCCUUUACCCCUGAAUGCCUUGUAGUAUGUUUACCACUUGUGAUUUAAAAGAAAGAAACUCUUCUUCUGAGCUCCAAAUGUGGGUAAAGUGAUGUUUCCUUUGUAUUGUCACUGGAUAAUGCUGAUCAAGUGUUGCAUUAUGCAAUCUGCCUUUGUAUGCUUUAAUAUGUAAGUUUUAUGUAAGUACCACACUAUUAAAGGAACAUUUGCAAAAA